AAGCUGUAGGGGAGGAGCCUGGGCUCUUAAUGCACCAGCCUCCAGUACAGCGCCCCGGCAGCAGCCUCCUGCAGCAGCCGGAGAGACGGUAGCUGCUACAGCAGAAAGCAGAGGCGGCGGCAGCAGCAGCAGCUGUGAGCGCACGCGUGUGGGUGUGAGUGUGUGCACCCGCCCGCACGCCAGCCCGGCCGCAGCCGCCAGCCGCUCUCCCAGCUCCAGCCGGUUUCUCUAUCACCGCCCAGUCAGAGCCACCCACCAGUAGCAGAGACCUAGACCCUCUCUCUGCGUGGCGUGGCGUGGAGUGGCGUGUCGGAGCGAGCUUCCGUCCUCCCAGUCCACCUCUCCACCGGAGGCAGUCCCGAUCCAGAAAGACACCAUUUUGUCGCUGGACGCUUUCCGAAGGGGGGGUGUAGUGUCUUCGGAGUGGCUGCCAGCGAGGGGAGAACCUGUUGGGCAUCUAUCUCCCCAGCACGGGAUCUCCUGCCUACUCUGAGCAUCUCGUUCCUGGGCUGGACCCGACCCUGACGGGCUCAACGCAUUCCUCUUGCACCAGGGCAGCAGUGGCUGCUGCAGCAUCUCUGGCAAUUGAAUCCCUAGGAAGCGGUGGCGGUGCUAGCCGAAGCAGCGUUGAAAACCGCGGGUGUAGGAGGUGACAUCUCUAUUUCUUCUCUCCUCCGCUUCCCUUCCUUCUCCUGCUUCUCCUCCUCCUGUUCUCAGGAAAGGACUAUGCUGUGCUCCCCGCUGCGAUCCUGUCCCCCUCUCCUCUGAGGCUGGCGGCGGGGAGAGAUCAUGGAUACUUGUCUGCUGGCUUUUAGUUUCCACACAAGUAACCCUGCUGUCAAUGGAGGAGGACAUUGAUACCCGCAAAAUCAACAACAGUUUCCUGCGCGAUCACAGCUAUGCGACCGAAGCUGACAUUAUCUCUACGGUAGAAUUCAACCACACAGGAGAAUUACUAGCGACAGGGGACAAGGGGGGUCGGGUUGUAAUAUUUCAACGAGAGCAGGAGAGUAAAAAUCAGCUUCAUCGAAGGGGUGAAUACAAUGUUUACAGCACAUUCCAGAGCCAUGAGCCCGAAUUCGAUUACCUGAAGAGUUUGGAGAUUGAAGAAAAGAUUAAUAAGAUCAGAUGGCUUCCACAGCAGAAUGCAGCCUACUUUCUCCUUUCCACUAAUGAUAAAACUGUGAAGCUCUGGAAAGUCAGUGAGAGAGAUAAGAGACCAGAAGGCUACAAUCUGAAAGAUGAAGAUGGCCGGCUCCGGGAUCCUGCCACCAUCACAACACUACGGGUUCCUGUGCUGAGACCCAUGGAUCUGAUGGUGGAGGCCACGCCCAGAAGAGUAUUUGCCAAUGCACACACAUAUCAUAUCAACUCCAUAUCAGUCAACAGUGAUUAUGAGACCUACAUGUCAGCCGAUGACCUGAGGAUAAACCUAUGGAACUUUGAAAUAACCAAUCAAAGUUUUAAUAUCGUGGACAUUAAGCCAGCCAACAUGGAGGAGCUCACGGAGGUGAUUACGGCAGCAGAAUUCCACCCACUCCACUGCAACACCUUUGUAUACAGCAGCAGUAAAGGGACAAUCCGGCUGUGUGACAUGAGGGCAUCAGCCCUUUGUGACAGGCACACAAAAUUUUUUGAGGAGCCAGAAGAUCCAAGCAACAGGUCAUUUUUUUCUGAAAUCAUCUCUUCAAUUUCUGAUGUGAAGUUCAGUCAUAGCGGGAGGUACAUUAUGACCAGGGAUUAUCUGACCGUCAAAGUCUGGGACCUCAACAUGGAAAAUCGGCCCAUUGAGACUUACCAGGUUCAUGACUACCUCCGCAGCAAGUUGUGUUCUCUCUAUGAAAAUGAUUGCAUUUUUGAUAAAUUUGAGUGUGUGUGGAAUGGGUCAGACAGCGUCAUCAUGACUGGGUCCUACAACAACUUCUUCAGGAUGUUCGACCGAAAUACCAAGCGUGAUGUCACCCUGGAGGCUUCCAGGGAAAACAGCAAGCCCAGGGCCAUCUUGAAACCCCGAAAAGUAUGUGUAGGUGGCAAACGGAGAAAAGAUGAGAUCAGCGUGGACAGUCUGGACUUUAGCAAAAAGAUCUUACAUACAGCUUGGCAUCCUUCAGAAAAUAUUAUAGCAGUGGCGGCUACAAAUAACCUAUAUAUAUUCCAGGACAAGGUUAACUAGGAGGACAAGUUAUACUUAAUAAGCUCACAUACUGAAUACUAGUCAAACAAGUUUUUAAAUGUUUCUUUGGGUUUUCAUUUUAUUCAUUGACUUUAAUUUUCCUAUGCAGGAAACAAUUGGAAUAGAAGAAAAACAGUCCAAAGGCCCCCAGCUCCCCCUAUGUUGGCAAAUCCAACAAAUAGGUUCAGAAUACUCUUGUUUAGAAUCGAGAGCUGCCCGGUAACCAGGAGCCUUCCAUAGUUGACUUGAAUUUCUGAUGCUUUUAUUACCCAGUUCUCUCUGGUGAGUCCAGUGUUUUGUUUCUAGGUGUCUGCUGAGGUGAAAUGAGAUUGUCUGUAGUAUUUAAGGGGGGUGGGGGAAGAUAAGUUUUUUUUUUAAUUAAGCAAUUCCAUUUGAUUGAAAAAUAAACACUGUUUACUCUACUUCUGGAUAAAAA